AAAUAAGUGUGUGCGUCAUUUCCGUUGUCAGGUGGUGCUGUCGCUGUGGAAAGAUGCGAUCAGCGAAGCGCGGAGGCUUUUCCUUAAUUGCUCAUUUCGGUAACAGAGGCUAAACAACCCGAAACCAACCCUCUGUGGUCUCUCAUGUUCAAGCGAGAAGCUCCGCACAUCCACCACAGCGAUUACCCAAGAAAUAUCCAUGUUGUAAGCAGACAACGCAGACUUUACCCGGCGGUUUUGGCUCGAGAGCUCCAGUAUGUCAAAGCGGCGCUCGUCGGAAAGGGGGCCUGGAGAGACAUCAGGCAGGGCCAGCAAACUACAGUGUCCUGGGAUAUCCGGAAAUAAUGCCAAGAGAGCCGGGCCCUUCAUCCUUGGGCCUCGCCUGGGCAACUCACCAGUGCCCAGCAUAGUACAGUGUCUGGCCAGAAAGGACGGCACUGAUGACUUCUAUCAGCUCAAAAUCCUUACGCUUGAGGAGCGAGUGGACUCUGCAGGGGAGACUCAGGAGGAGAGGCAGGGGAAGAUGCUUCUACACACAGAGUACUCCCUCCUUUCUCUGCUGCACAACCAGGACGGGGUGGUUCACCACCAUGGCCUCUUCCAGGAUCGAGCCUACGAAAUAGUGGAGGACAUGGAUGCCAACAAAGUGCGCAAGAUGAAGAAGCGGAUCUGCCUUGUGCUUGACUGCCUGUGUGCUCAUGACUUCACCGACAAGACAGCAGAUCUAAUAAACCUCCAGCAUUACGUUAUAAAGGAGAAACGACUGAGCGAGCGCGAGGCCAUUGUCAUCUUCUACGAUGUGGUGCGUGUGGUGGAAGCCCUUCAUAAGAAAAACAUUGUGCACAGAGACCUCAAGCUGGGAAACAUGGUGCUGAACAAACGGACUCACCGAAUCACUGUCACCAACUUCUGCCUGGGAAAGCACCUGGUGAGCGAGGACGACCUGCUGAAAGACCAGAGAGGAAGUCCAGCCUAUAUCAGCCCUGAUGUAUUAAGUGGUCGGCCGUACCGGGGUAAACCCAGUGACAUGUGGGCUCUUGGCGUGGUUCUGUUCACCAUGCUGUAUGGCCAGUUCCCUUUUUAUGACAGCAUACCUCAGGAGCUCUUCCGCAAGAUCAAGGCUGCAGAGUACUCCAUCCCAGAGGACGGCCGUGUGUCUGAGAACACUGUGUGCCUGAUCCGUAAGCUGCUGGUGUUGGACCCUCAGCAGAGGCUUACUGCAGGAGAGGUGCUGGAGUCUCUCGGUGGCAUCAUUGCAUCAUGGCAGUCUGUUUCAUCACUGAGUGGCCCUCUGCAGGUGGUGCCUGAUAUUGACGAUCAGGUCAAUCACUCAGAACAUCUGCAAGAGGCCAAGGUGAUAGAAGAGUCUUCACAGUACGAGUUUGAGAACUACAUGCGCCAGCAACUGCUUUUGGCUGAAGAGAAGAACACUAUCCAUGAGACCAAGAGCUUUCUUACCAAGCGCCAGUUUGGCAGCAUCCCACCUGUAAGGCGUCUGGGCCAUGACGCCCAGCCUGUCAGCCCGCUAGAUGCUGCCAUUCUAGCCCAACGUUUCCUCCGGAAGUAGUCCCCAACUACCCAUGGCAGCCUUCCUGACCUCCCCAGUACAGAGACCUGUGGAGUUCAGUGAAGACUGAGAAGGAUAAGCCCUUGAAACUGAACUGGCAUACAUCAGGCCCAGCCUGAACCAGGGUGCAGACCACCCCAAUGCGUAGGUGGGCUUUGGGCAGGCUAGGUGGAGCAGGUGUGAGGAGGGCACCAGAACAAACUGCCAGUUUAAAAACGUCACUCCUUGUGUCUGGAUCCUCCAUUGAAGCAUGGAAAGCCCCGAAAGAAAGAUAUGAACCAAAGGUUCCUUGCCCUCAGGUCACCCACAGUCAGAUCUCACUGUGCAACCAACCUAAUGACACAAUCACCCAUGGGGCUCACACAGUGCUCGGUCAAGAGAGACGAUUAACCCCAUGUUCCUCCUCCUUUUGAAAUCUCCCUACCGUAACACUUCCCUAAACUCUGGACCCCCUGAGCAAUACAGGGCCAGAAUCAUGUAGCAACCCCCUCUAUUCCAAGUGGUGAAUGGUAUUGCCUCGAGUCAGAGCCCCUGAUCACAGAUGUCACUUCUCUAUACCUCCCUUCCACCUUCCUCCUCUCACUCCUUCCACUCUGCUGUUCUCCUACACCGAAAAAUUAUCCAGACUGGGCUGUAACUCUGACUUCAAAUCAAUCUACCUCUCUGUCUCUCUUCUCUAUUGGUAAACCAUGCUCACUGUUCUGAGACAAGGGAUUGUAACAAUGGAGUCUUGAUGCCACCGGUGACAUAAAGCAUUAAUGUUUUCUGUCGGCGAUAAUGCGUUUUUGAAACCUUUCAGUGGUUUCAAAAAAAACUCUGAAUAAGCUUUUUAUCAUAUUUACCUUAAGUAGCAUUUCAUCAUUACUUUUUUUUUUUUUUUGAAGAUACUGAUUAUCAAAGUAUGCAAACACACAUCCUUUGAUAUUUGCAGAGUGCUUUGUCUCCUGCUUUUGCUCAGCCCUGUGGAAAUCUAUUUUUAGCAUCUAGACAGCUAGUGUGAGGUACCUGGAAGUCACAAUGCCAAGAACUGAAUGAGAAACACUGUUGGAUACUCCCUGCCAAGGCAUAAUGAUGGUAACGCUUCCUCAGUGCCAUUAUAAUGGCGAUCAGGCACUGUCAUGUUUCUAUUGCCAAAAAUCAUGUCUUACACUUACUUUUAGCCAAGGAAACUAGUACCCACAGCCUCACUCAGAAUCAAAUGGCUUCCAGGUAUUCCAACUUCCCUGUUUCUCUUUAUCAAGACAGAUCAUGGGACACGUGUUUUUCAGUAUGAAUGUGAACUGUCAUUCUACACUUUGAUAAGUCCGCAGUAUCCAAAAGUGUGUGCAUGUGUGUUUUGGGCCGGGCAAAAUCGGAGUCUGCAGAGCUGUCUAGCUGUUGACCUCGGACAGCCACAGGCCCUUUUAAGCUAUCCUCCAAUCGUUGUGUUCUGUUAUCUGGCCUGCCUCAGUGGCAGACACUGUGAAAACCAGGGCAGGCUUUGCUGAAUUGGGGCUUGACUGAAUGUUUUAGCGAUUUGUCACGAUUGUCAUGAAUGCUUUCUUAAGAUUGAAAACUAUCACAUUUAUAAUUACAAUUGUCAUUCUCAAGCCCUUUCUCAAGCUCAACUUGUACAGGCUUGUAUUGUCUCACCAUGUAGCUCUCUAUGCAGAGAGACUAGUUGGUGGCCGGUAAUCGAUACUGUAAUAUUUCAUAGAGAAAUGAAAACCGAUUCAUAGACUUAAAGUUUAGUUGCUGGGUCUUCUUGGUUAUUGAUUCCUUCUUGUCUUUUAUCAAAGUUUUUUGUUUUUGUUUUGUUUUUAAACCAUGGCAAAGCUACUAACCAGUGGCGGUUAGGCAUCUAUACACUGCAACUUGCCUUUGCAUAUUGGUACAUGCUUUAUGCUGUCUAGACUUCUUCCUAUUUAUAUCAAACUGAUUGCAUGAACAUAGGCUCUGGAAUAUUCUCAAAUGUCUUUACUUAUUCUUUUUUCCUUGUAAUUUCAUGUUGAUUUAUUUAUUCACUUGUAUAGACAACCCCCUCAGCUUUACUUUUUGGAUUCUUAAAUCAUAUUCUUGCCAUUUUACCACAAAGUCUGUGGUCAACUUAAGCUACACUAAUAACGAGACUGACGUUGCAUAGUUAUAUUUUUUACAGAAAAACAAAAAUGAUACUCGCACAUUAUCUUGAUUUACGUUUGUUGUAGUUGUUUUUUUAGUUUUUUCUUCCUUUUUUUUCUUCUUCUGUCAUUUACCCCACACAAGGCUGCACUCUCUGGUCAGUAUGUAAAUAUGUACCAUCAUGACAGUCGUCAUCUUGUAUGUAGUUCCACCCAGUGAGAUACCAACUCUCAACACAUGUCGGUUGACGUGCAUUAUAGGCCACGUUGGCCAUCAACCACCACAUCCAGAGGCUAAAUUAUUUGUAAAGAGAGCAGUCGGCAUUCUCCCACCUCAAUGUGAAUUACAUGGGUAUACAGCAGUAUUGUAGUAGUCUAGGGUGUUCAUCAGAAAAGGGUGUUCCUUGAACACCAUAGCCCUUGAUGAAUGCUGACAUUAAGUGAUCUGUCUGUGGAAAGUGUCUUACGCCAUCUUCCAUGAUGCCCUAUUACUCUAUUCCCCCCCCCCCCCCCCCCCCCCCCCAAUCAAAAAGUGUUUCACUUCCUAGCUAGUGGAUUGUACUACAUUCAAUGUUUGUUUAACAGAGUUGUAUUAGUAGACCUCAAUGUGGACUGAAAAGCAUGGACAUAGUUUGAGGUGUAACUCUGUGUAAAACAUGUGACUGCAUGAUUUUAAACUUGCAAGGUGUGUUAGAGCAACUGAUUGAGAAUUUAAAGAUCAUUUACUCAUUUUGGGUCCUACGUGAAACUACAAAGCAAAAAUAGAUAUACCCCUUAAUUGGAUGAGUAGUACAAGCUUAGUAAUUUUCAAAAUUUUAGUUUUAAGAUGAUUUUCAUCCUGCUUCUGAAGUCCUAAGUCCAAUAUAACCAAUAUAUUGCUGACUGUUUCAACUGGAAACUUGGUGUAGGAUAUGACGUGGUGUAUUUAACUUUAAACCCAAUGGGAUAAUGUGUUGUAAGCUGCUUGGUCAGACAUGGGCAUCUAGAUACAGAAAACUGCGUAAUUGUACAGAUGAAAAACACGUUUGUAUAAAUAACAUAUUUUUCUACUUCAUCAGAUCUCUACAUGCAUGUCAGCAAUAAACUUUGAUAUGGAAACAUGCAUCUUUUCCCCCCCAGUCUAUGAGUUAUGACAUUUUCUGUAACUGCCAGUAGGUGGAGCACUUUCUUAAAGGAAAAAAAAACCAAACCCAGCAGAGGGCACAUGUAGGACAU